CGAAGACAUGAUUUUCUUCUUUCUGGCUUUCUGCUAGAGUUUAGGAAGCAGAAUCAAAAGUGAGAUUAUUGUGCAUUGUUAUCAUUUUAAUCGUAAUACAUUACCGGAAACAUCCUUGAACUUGAAUUCUUUUAUUGUUAUUAUUAUAUUUUUGUAUAAACAAAUUGAUUAAAUGCUAAACUCAUCCAUGACCUGGGGAAAAAAUGCAACCUUUGCUGCAGUUAACCUAAUUUUAGCCGAACUCAUUUGGAGAAUUGCUAGAAUAUUCCACGAAUACCGAUAUUACUCCAAACAUUAUCCAUUUAAUGAGAAAUUUCGUACAAUAUGUCGACAUGGUUUCACAUUCAAUCAAUCGUUCUUGUGUUUGAUGACAAUUAUUGGAGCAACAGUAUGUACACAAUUUUUAACAAUUUCUCUAAUGUUGGAUAGUAUUUUGGAGCAAAUUCAUCUACUACCCAUCUGGUGGAUAUUGCGAUUUGUUCAAAUCACAAAAUCAGCUUUUGACUAUGCUGAUUUUAUUAGAUCCGAUAGUGGAUUGGAUUAUGCCACUGGGAUGGCAUCAAACUACUUUCAUGGUUAUCUAAAUCUAACACUUCCAAAGCAUGACGAACAAAAUGGAAUAAAAAAACGUAUUGAAAACUAUGCAUCCAAACAUGACGUUGAGUUUGCAGUUAAACGACUUAUGAUACUUAUUCCAAAUUCAUUGCACACAAGGCCAGUUAUUGAAAGCCCUUUAAUGGAAAGACAAGAUAAACAACCACUUGAAGGUGUUAGAAGAGAUCGUGCUGGAGUAUCUCGUCCAUACAUAAAUGAUGUUUAUAGAAUUUUAAUUGAUGAGAAACCAUAUUAUAUUACAGUGGAAGGUGCUACACCUUUGUUGAGCUAUUUUGAUGCAUUGAAUUUUUAUCUGACGAGUACUUGGCAGAUGAAAGCUAUGCAAAAAGAAAUUAUGAUAAAGUUUUAUCGAUAUUUGAAGAAUAUCUUGGAAAAAUGGCCUGCAACACAGGAACAGUGUGAAUUGGUGUUUUAUAAUGAUUAUACAGCCGAUGGUAGGCGACAAGAUGUUGGAGAGGUACUUUGUUUGCAUAUCAAAAAUAUGUGGGAAAACAACAACAGAAAGUAAAAAGCUAACAUACGAGCUGUUAAACUAAAUUAUGGCGGUAAUCUCAUCAUAGCUAUUUUAUUCACCAAAAGAUGCUUUAAUUUAUGUAUUUACUCUUGUCAUGACGUUGAUUUAAUCACUUUUAUACUUAAAUAUUUUAUUUAAAUAAUUCAUUAUGUGCUAAUCUAAUAUGAAACAUAUUAUGUAGAUAUUUUUUGUAUAAUUGUUUUUUAAAAGCAAAUCAGGAUUUUAUAAUAAAAUAAUUAUUAUAGUACAAACGAAAUUUGCGAAUAUUGGAAUU